AAUAGCAGAUUAAUGACGAAUGAGGAAUUCAGAGCAUCGUCAACGUAUGUUCUCUUCAAUUGUGAGGAAGUAACUCCUUUUAUCGCGAAGAACGUUUUUCAUGUUGGUUAAAGGAAUAUGUAAGUGUUGUAAGUAUUGUCUCAAUUAACCCGGAAAUGUAUUUUGUAAAAUGAGUUGUAAUAUAUAUUGUUUCUUUUUGUUUAGGUUUUGAAUGAUCAUAAUGAAAUUGAUACUCGUAGAGUGAAUUGUUAUAAUGGAUAUUUUUAAAUGGUUUUAAGUUUCACACUUUAUAUUAUGGUUCCCACAAAACAACAAUGAAUAGUGGAGUGUCAAUAUUAGGAAGUAGUCAUAAUGACUAUGAACGUGACUACUAUGGUAUGUUAACUAAAAUAUUGGAAUUGGAGUAUUUAGGAGAUGUUGGAAACAAAGUAACCUUAUUCAAGUAUGAUUGGUAUGACAUCAAUGGUGGCGUUAGAGUCCAUCGACGAUUCGGUCUUAUUGAGCUUAAUCAUAGGAAGAAAUUACAAAGAAAUGAUGUGUUUAUACUUUCUCAACAAGCUCAACAAGUAUAUUACACUUGUUUUCCAACGAAGGCUAGAGAUAGACUUGAUUGGUGGACGGUUGUGAAAACAAAAGCAAGAAAUGUUCCCAACAUACAAGGAAUCAUAUUGGAGAAUGAAGAGUGUAAUGUGUGGGUAGAACUUGCAUUCCAAGAGGAACAACAACAAUCAACCCAGAAACCUGUUCGAAUAAAUUCAGAAUUUGAAAGCCAAAAUUUAGUUCGUACUGAUAUUAGAGCUGAAGAAGUGAACGUGGCUGAAUCUAGGAUCUUUGAUGUAGAUUCUGAAAGGUAUACUGUAGGAGAAAAUACACAACUACAGGACACCGACAGUAAUGAUGGUUUUACAAGUACAAGUGAAGGCUAAAGAAAAUAGUACUAUCGUUAAUCUUUUCAUUUUUAGUUCAUUUUUUAGUUUAUUGUUCUUGUCAUUGUUAAUAUUUUUUGUUGGCUAAUUGUAGGAAACAUUUGACCUGUUUAUGGAGAAGGGAGUAAUGGCCAGGCUAGACAAAAAGCUAGGUGAUGUGUUGGUUCAAGAGACAUAGUGCUAAUGUAUACAAACUCAACUUUUAGUGAAUGUGCCCCUUCUUAAUUUGGAAGGUGGGGUUUAUAUAUCUAUGUUCAAUAGAUUUGACCCUUAACAUCUGUUGGAUGAGAUUGAAUUUUUUUUAUAUUUUUGUUUUCUUUCAAUCUGAAAUGUAUUGAGUGCUGCUCA